AUGCAACAGCUUCGUGAAUUGGCUUCUAACCCCCAUGGUCAUGCCGCACCAACUCCUGCACCCACCACGUCGACUGGCGCGGAAGCGCUGCCGGAACGUCGAAGCGCGCUCAAGCCGCAAAAACCGCAGUCGUUCGACCCAAGUCAACGCGACGCGAACGUGCGGACGUGGCUCUUCAUGCUCAACAACUACUUCGCCGCGAGCGGGGUGCAAAAAGCGGACGCGCAGCAGCGGAUCGAGUAUGCCGUGACGCUGUUGAGGGGGCCGGCCUUGGAGUGGUGGCGCCAACUUACGCAGACUGCUGUUAGAAGGGCUCAGACGGACGGGCAUCAACAGGGCGUGGGGCAUGCAGCUGCAAUCUCGAGCUUAGGGAGUUUAGCUUUGGGUGUUACCACGGUUCCGACGACAUGGGAAGGAUUUGAAGCGGCGCUGAAAAGUAGGUUCGACUUGGUGAACGCCUCCGAAGCUGCUAGGAAGCGUCUGCGUCAUUUCCGACAGAUAGGAAACGUCCAGGAGUACACACGACGGUUCUUGAGCAUCUGCAACGAGAUAGACGACAUCACGGAAGCAGAGAUGCGCGAUCGCUACCUCGAAGGGUUGAAGGCGGACAUAGCGGAGGUUAUAGCGAUUCACGGGUUGUCCACCUUCGAGUCGGUAGUCGCAGCAGCAGAACGCGUCGACGCAGUACGAAGCCGACGGGGUCGUGACGAUCGUGAUAAGGGAUACAGCAGACUGAUCAACGACGCUCGAUCGAGGGACGGACCAUCGCCCAUGGAGAUUGGUGCAGUUAACAUCAAGAUUCUCGUCGAAAGCGGAGCUAGCCACUCGUUCGUUUCGUCUUCAUUAGUUAGUCGUCUCCAUCUCGAAGCAGAUACGGCAGCAGUUAACUUCAAGGAUGCUCGCAUGGUAGAUGGGACGCCGCUUCACAUAGGACCAGUCAUUCGCAAGUUGCGCGUAGUGCUAGGACCGAUCACGGUUAGACGUGACUUCGACUCUGCAACACUGGACGGCUACGACUUCAUCUUCGGUAGAGAUUGGUUGCGGACGGUUUCGACUCAGUUCGAUUGGGCUCAGGGACGCUGCAGUGUCAAGGUAGACGGGGAGUUCCGGGAGCUGCCACAGUGGAGCGAUGGGGCCACAUCAUCCACAGCUAUCAUUAAUGCUGUUCGUGUGCGACAGUUAGUGAAGCGUGCGGCACGGAUCUUCGCGGUUUUCCUUGAGGAGGUUGAAGCUGAGGAGGGGAAAGGAGGGAGUGCAGCAGUUAGUGAGAAGGCGACUCUUCCUGCUGAAGUGAGUGCACUGUUAGCAGAGUUCGCAGACGUCUUCCCUGACGAGUUGCCCCCAGGGUUACCUCCCAGCCGAGCAGUAGACCAUCGAAUAGAGUUGGAGCCGGGGAGCAGGCCAGUAGCGAAGCCGCAGUGGAGGUUGAGUCCAGCAGAGACAGAGGAGAUGACGCAGCAGGUUAGGCACUUCCUAGCACAGGGGUUCAUACAGCCAUCUAGAUCGCCUUGGGCCGCACCGAUCCUGUUUGCGCCUAAGAAAGACGGAGGGUUACGGAUGUGCAUAGAUUACCGCGCACUGAACGCCGCCACCGUCAAGAAUAGAUUCCCGGUGCCGAGAGUAGAGGAUCUCCUAGAUGCAGUGCAGGGCGCUAGAGUCUUCUCCAAGAUCGACCUUCGUUCGGGUUACCACCAGAUUCGCGUAGUUCCAGAGGACCAGCACAAGACGGCGUUUCGUACGAAGCAGGGGUUGUACGAGUUUAGGGUUCUACCGUUCGGACUGACCAACGCCCCAGCGACGUUCCAGACGCUCAUAAACACCGUCCUCUCCGAGUUCCUAGGUUCGUUCGUCGUAGUUUACCUAGACGACAUCUUGAUCUUCUCCAAGUCGAAAGAGGAGCACGUGCAGCACUUGCAGAAGGUCUUUGAGGUCUUGCGGAGGGAGAAGCUGUACGCGAAGCAGUCGAAGUGCGAGUUCUUUCUCCCCGAGGUCGAGUUCCUAGGACACGUCGUAUCCGCUAGUGGCGUUAGGACCGACCCGAAGAAGAUCGCAGCCGUACAGGAUUGGGUAGCACCGACCUCAGUCAAGGAGUUGCAGAGCUUCCUCGGUUUCGCGAAUUAUUACCAUCGUUUCAUUCAGGGUUACGCAUCGAUCGCUAGUCCACUCACCGACCUACUUCGGAAGGGCGUAGAGUACGUUUGGGGUCCAGCGCAGCAGCAGGCGUUCGAGCAGAUGAAGCAGUCGCUCACGUCUUCACCGACACUGUCGUACCCCGAUCCCACUCGCCCGUACGUUGUAGUGACCGACGCUUCAGAUCAGGCCAUAGGUGCAGUGCUUCUUCAGGACCAGGGCCGCGGGUUGCAGCCGAUCGCGUAUGAGUCGCGUAAGCUUAGGGGAGCGGAGCUGAACUAUCCGAUACACGACAAGGAGGCGCUCGCGAUCAUCCAUGCGUAUAAGGUGUGGAGGUGCUACCUAGAGGGGGCAGAUAGUGUUAUACGCACGGACCACUGUUCGCUUCGUUUCCUCAAGUCGCAGCCGCAGCUGAGUCGUCGCCAGGCUAGAUGGAUGGAGUUCAUGGAGGGGAGCUUUCAUUACAGGAUAGAGUACAAGCCAGGCGUUCGCAACCCAGCAGAUCCGCUCACUCGCCCUAGUUGCCAGCUCGCUAGUCUCACAGUCACUGCAGGCCAUCCACUUCUCACAGCACUCUUCGAGCACGGUCACACCGCAGCCGCCCACCGGAGCAGAGGUGCAGGGUAG